AUGGGGGUGUCGGUUGGCGAGAAGAGGACGGGCGACGGAGACGACAAGGAGAGCGUGAAGCGGAGCAAGGGAUCGGACGGGAGCCGCGGCACGAAGCCUCCUGCUCAGAGCGUGGUCGAACAGCUGAAGUCGAAGGCGGGGUGGAAGGUGAUAAGGACGUCGAACAGCAAGGGAAGCGGAAGCGGGGGGGCAGAGGGUGGCCCUGCCGACGGGGUUGCCGCUAACGUCGCUGCACCGCCUGGCCCGCCUUUGGUCGCCGAGCAGACCGAACCGCAGGCGACCUCCGGGAAAGGCGUGACCGACAAGGAGGCCCCUACUGCUCAGGCGGCGAACGACGGCAGCGCCGGAACCACCAAGGGACCGUCCGUCGCGGUGGCGGCCAAGGGCAAGGCGAAGGCCGCCUCUGCCAAGUCGAUUCUCCGUAAGUCCCCAGCGGCUACCCCCGCGCCGGCCGGCAAGUCAGGCGCCAACAACGAUGGGCCGGCCAUUGCGGCCCCUCCAGCUCCAGCAGCACCAACUGCCGACAAGGGCGACGCGACGGCUGCUGCGGCUAAGCCCGAAGGUCUGUCACCUGCUAAGGUGCCCGCCGGCAGUAACGCGCUCAGGGAGAUGCUCCGCCGCAUGGAUGCGGAUCGCAGGGAAAUGCAGCAGCCUCCAGUGGUCGACGCCGCCCUUGCCGAAACAGCACGUCGCUCAGUCACAUCGCAGGUUGUCGGCAAAUCGACCGGUGCCCCACCUGCCGCCCCACCGCCCGCGGAAGCCAAAUCCGCGUUUCUUCGCGCCCAUUUAGGCGCACGCAAAGCGGGAGCUCGACAAGUGACACAGCCGGAACCCGGCAAAAGCGCGACGCCGACGUCGGUAAACGCGACUUCACCCACACCAGGUGCAGCUGUGGUCGCUCGACAAGUGACUCAGCCGGAACCCGGCAAAAGCGCGACGCCGACGUCGGUAAACGCGACUUCACCCACACCAGGUGCAGCUGUGGUCGCUCGAGAAGUGACUCAGCCGGAACCCGGCAAAAGCGCGACGCCGACGUCGGUAAACGUUACUUCACCCACACCAGGUGCAGCUGUGGUCGAUGCUGCGGCGGAGAAGGGUGUGAGCGCGGCGCUAGCCACCGGCGGGCAUGCCAACCUCGCUGCCGUUCUGGCUCAAUUUGAAGCAGCAAAACGGCCCGAGCAUGCCCCGGCACUGGCCAUCGUGGACACGGCGCAUGCGGAGCCGUCGGGGACCCACGGUGAAGGUUCGGCGGAGCCGACGGCUGCAACGGCUGCUGUCGCCGAGGGAAAUGCGGGACGGAAGGGUAAGGACGACACCGGGAAAGGGAAGGCGGUCUCGCAGAGGAGCACGCGGGCGAUGUUGGCGGGGAAUGAGAUGUCGGAAGAGAAAGGGAAGAAGCCGGCACGGAAUCAGGACAAGACGGGCGGCAAACAUAAGCCGGCGAAGAGGAAGGCGAAGGCGGAGGAGGAGGAGGAGGAGGAGGAGGAGGAGGAGGAGGAGGAGGAGGAGGAGGAGGAGGAGGAGGAGGAGGAGGAGGGAGGAGGAGGAGGAGGGCAUGGACGCCGGGGUCAUGGCAUCCGCCGAGACAGGUCUGGCGACGGGCUUGGGUGGGUGGGCGAGAUCAAGAUGAAGGGCCAGAAUCGGUACAUCGGCAAGUCGCGCGAUAAGAUGGAUCUGGCAUACGAGCACGCGAUUGCGUACUUGCUCUACGACGGCUACGUGAGCAAGGUGCUGACGAAGGAGCUCACCGUCUUGAAGCCGGGGCAAUUGGAUGAAUGGAAGGCGGUAUGGGAGGAGCUCAGGUUCCUGUCGACCGGGAUGUGGACGGUGAUGUGGGCCAGAGGCUUGUGCCAUCCGAGAGCAAGGUAA